AUGUCCUUGUCUCAAAACGACAACGAGGACGAAACACCAUUCGCUAUCCCAGAUGAACCUAUCAUUCAUCCACUUGAAAUUCCAUUUAAUAUAUUAGAUAUUCGUAAGAUAAAAACUGAUGAUACAUUAGUUGACUGUGAACGUCCAGAACUUAUUCACGAUAAUAAUAUCAAUGAAUCUGAAGUAUUAAAUCAGCUAUUGCGUGGUGCACUACAGAAACGCGGAGACGACUUAACUGUGUGUCGACUUUUUUAUGUACGCGAUUUACGUAAAUUAAGUUUAAGAUUUAAAGUAAAAUUUCAACUAUGUACUGUCGAAGAAGAUUCGGAACACCACUACGUGUUUAAAGUCGAUAAUAACGGCGGAGAAGAGAUGGAGGAUGUCGGCUCUGACAACGAGGCAGACAACAAGAAAGAAGACGAUCAGAUCGGUCAUCAGCUCAAAAUUAUAUAUACUGUGGUAUAUGAGAAUAACAUAAUAGCUCUUUGUAUUUCAUCUAAUUCAUAUCUUUAUGAUAUUCAUCGUGAACUUGACCGUUAUCCGAAGGACGCUCUGUUGUAUUUUGAAUUAGCUUGUUAUUAUCAGCGCAGACCUGAACAAAAUAAUAGUCUUGGAACCUGGCAAUAUGCUUGUUGGCAUUAUCGGACGGCGAGCAAACUAAGAAUGGAUAGUACGCGCAUCAAUUUAGCUUUACUUGGUUAUUGUAGAUGUCUCGUAAAACUAAGUAAAUACACCUAUGCAAUAACACAAUUGGAAAAGUUAAGUCGUAAAAAGUCAACGUCUGAAUUGUGGUAUCUAUUAGCUAUAGCAUAUAGAAAAACAUGGCAAAUUGGUAAAGCAGUAAAAGCCGUGAAAGAAUGUUUGGAACUUGAACCGGGUCAUCAAGGAGUAGUGAGACAACAAACAUUAAUGGAAUUAAGACAGAGGAGAUUAACUGAAUACAGACAACAAAUACAGAAUACACGUAUAGAAAACAAAUUUACUAAUGCAUUAUUUAGUGCAGGAAGACUAGAAGAAGUGCUAGAGGAAAAAAAGAAACAAUCACUUGAACGUCAACAGUAUGACUGGACUCGCCGAUUAGCGCACCAACAUCAGAACACUUACAAUAUUUUGUCUAUUGACGGUGGAGGCUUUAGGGGUCUUAUACCAGCUAUCUGGCUAAGAGAAAUUGAAAAACGGACCAAUCGUUCCAUUUCAGACAUAUUUCAAAUGAUGGCUGGCACAUCAACAGGUGCCAUAAUUGCUUGUGGUCUUUCUGUGCAUAACAAUUUGAGGCUGCCACAACCGGCAUAUGAAGCCAAAGAUAUAGUUGAUCUAUAUGUAAAUCGUGCACCCGAAAUUUUUGUUCCUGCUACUCGUCGUCGUUUACUCUAUCGUUGGGCGACACAAUCCUCGAAAUAUGCUAGAACCGGUCGUCAAAGCCUGUUCAAUCACUAUUUCGGCAAUAAUUUAAUUUGUAAUUGCCUAACUGAUAUAGUUGUGCCAGCUGUACUAGCCGAUCGCACUCAUACUCAUCUGUUUACUCGUUAUGACUCGCGUACAGGCAAUGUUCGUCCUACACGUAUUGUUGACAUUCUAAUGAGUACAACAGCAGCUCCAACCUUUUUUAGACCGCAUGCAUUCAACUAUUCGGCUUAUGUGGAUGGAGGUGUUCAAAUGAAUAAUCCAACAAUGGCCGCCUUUAGCGAAGCAUUGCGCUAUGGUCAUCAAAAUCAAAAUAUAUUUGUCUUGUCUUUAGGCACUGGCGAUUAUAUUCACGCUCCUUUAAGGCGGCCAACUGCGAAUCGCCACUCUUGCUUUUGGUUGCGUAAUAAUAAACUUGUAUUAAAAAAUCUCUUCGAGAUUCAACAAAAUAAUGUUGAUUAUCAAAUGGAUUCUAUCUUGGGUAAUAGAAAUUAUCAUCGUUGGCAAGUAUGGUUCGAAGAUGAAAUUUUGCUUGAUAAAUAUAACCGUGAGACAAGAAUGUUGUUAGAGGAUCAUGCAAAUGACUUUUUAGACGAGUUGGAGGGACGUGAUGAUGACAAACGGCUGGGUUUCUUGAUUGACCGUUUGAGCUAA